AUGGAGUUCCAGGACGCAGACGGUCAACCGGUCACUCUGUGUCUCACAGAGACUGUGACUGUGGCAGACCCUGACCACAUGGAGGCAGUGGACACGGUCAGUCUUCAGGCUGUGACGUUAUCAGACGGCUCCACUGCGUAUAUCCAACAUGAGAGCAAGCCUUUCCAGGACACUCACAUCAUGGACGGACAGGUGAUCCACUUCCAGCACGAGGCCAAACCCUUCUCUGAGCCUCAGAUCAUGGACGGUCAGGUGAUCCAAGUGGAGGUGGGGUCAGCAGCCUAUGUCCAGCAUCUGUCUGUCCCAAAGGGAGGAGAUGGUCUGCAGCUGGAAGAUGGCCAGGCAGUUCAGCUGGAGGACGGCACCACAGCCUACAUUCACACUCCUAAAGAGUCGUACGAGCCGUCCGGUCUGCAGGAGGUGCAGCUGGAGGAUGGCAGCACUGCGUACAUUCAGCACACGCUCCACAUGAACCAGAACAACACCAUCCUGGCGAUUCAGGCCGACGGCACUGUGUCCGACCUGCAGGCAGAGGGCGCCAUUGACCCAGAGACCAUCAGUGUGCUGGAGCAGUACACCACCAAGGUGGAGAACAUCGAGAACCCUCUGGUGCCGUUUGGGAGAGUUGAGACGGACAGCGGUGUCCAUAUGAGAAUUGUUCUCCAGGGCCACGACAGCAGACGUAUCACAAACGUGGGAGAGAAGGCCUUCAGAUGUGACUACGAGGGCUGUGGGAAACUCUACACUACUGCACAUCAUCUCAAGGUGCAUGAGAGAUCGCACACUGGAGACAAGCCCUACAUCUGUGAAUACCCCACGUGUGGAAAGAAGUUUGCAACAGGUUACGGUCUGAAGAGUCACUCCAGAACCCACACUGGGGAGAAACCCUACAGGUGUCAGGAGCUGAACUGCUGCAAAUCCUUCAAGACGUCUGGAGAUCUGCAGAAACACACAAGGACACAUACAGGAGAGAAGCCAUUCCGGUGUCCCGUGGAGGGCUGUGGUCGCUCCUUCACCACCUCAAACAUCCGGAAGGUCCACAUCCGGACGCACACCGGCGAGCGGCCGUACUACUGCUCCGAGCCCAACUGUGGGCGAAGCUUUGCCAGCGCCACCAACUACAAGAACCACAUGAGAAUACACACAGGGGAGAAGCCGUACGUGUGCACCGUCCCCGGCUGUGAGAAGCGCUUCACCGAAUACUCAAGUCUCUACAAACAUCACGUGGUCCAUACGCCAUGUAAACCAUACAACUGUAACCACUGUGGGAAGACCUACAAACAGAUCUCCACUCUGGGCAUGCACAAGAGGACCGCCCACAACGACACCGAGCCCAUCGAGGAGGAGACCGAGGCAUACUUCCAGCCCUCGGACGCAGUGGAUGACCCCAGUGUGGUCUACAGCAGAGCAGAUUCAGACUCUGGUCCUGAUCCGGUCUCUGAGGCUCCAGAGCUCAGACAACACUUGGCCCUGGUCACUCAGGAGGACGGUACCCAGCAGCAGGUGAGCAUCUCGGAGGCAGAGCUACAGGCGAUGGGCGGGACUAUCACCAUGGUGACGCAGGAGGGCACCACCAUCACCAUCCCGGCACACGAGCUCACCCACCAGAGGGCGCACCACCUAAGUGACCACAACACCAUCGCCAUGGUCACGGGCGAGGCCGGGGAGGAGCAGGUGGCGAUCAUGACCCCUGACAUGAGUGCAUUUCAAACAGUAGAAGAAGCGGCGUACACCCAGGAUCAGGAUGGAGCUGUGACUCUGCUCGCCACAUCCAACGGUACACACAUUGCAGUACAGCUGAGUGAGAGUCCGUCGCUGGAGGAGGCCAUCAGGAUCGCCUCCAGGAUACAACAGGGAGAAUCUCCAGGCCUGGAAGACUGA